AUGAAAUCAGUAAUUUUAAAACCAAAAAAUUUAGUAUUAUUAGGUGCUGGUGUAACAACAACUUAUUAUUUAUAUAAAUUUUUUUCAGCACCAUCAGUUUCAAAAGAUGAAGGUGAUAAAUUUGGAUUUAAUGCACCAGAUCCAGCAGCUUUAGCUAGAGCAGCUGUUAAAGAGAAAAAAGAAAGAUUUGUAAAACCAUCAGAUAAUGUUUGUCCAAUUUUAAUUUUAUAUGGAACUGAAUAUGGUUUAUCAGCAGAGGUUGCCAAAAAAUUGGAAGAAUCAAUCAAUAGCAAAUUAGAAGGUUUUUGGGCACGUAUUAUCGAUAUGGAAGAGUACGAGAUUAUUGAAUUUGAAAAAGAACAAAUAGUCCUCAUUAUUACAUCAACCUAUGGUGAUGGUGUUCCACCAACCACUGCCCGUCCAUUCUUUGAUUAUUUAGAAGCAAAUCGUUUAAAUCUUUCACAUAUUCAAUUUAGUGUUUUAGCAUUGGGUGAUCGUUCUUAUCCACAUUAUUGUGCAGCUGGUAAAACUUUGGAUAAACAAUUUGAAGAGAUGGGUGCCAAGAGAUUUAGAGAUCGUAUUGAAGUUGAUCAAGAAGAUUGGACUUGUUUCGAUCGUUAUAUUGAUACCGUGUGUGGUUUAGUUCCAACAUUGGGUGGAGUUGAAAAACGUGAAGGUCAAGAUUACCUCUAUGAAAAGGCAAAACUUUUCGCACUCUCUCAAGGUAAAUACAAUAAAAAGAAACCAUACUCUAGUAAACUCUUGGUUAAACGUGUACUCACUAAAGGUGAUAAAGUUGGUAUUCAUUUAGAGUUUGAAUUGGGUGAUAGUGAACUCAAGUACGUGCCAGGUGAUGCUUUAGCUAUCCUUCCAGAUAAUGCUGCAUCCGAGGUUUCUGCAAUUAUCUCACUCUUAAAAUUAUCACCAUCUUUCAAAGUUUCAACUCCAGGUUGGCAUUAUCAAGAGGGUGAACAACCAAAUCCAUCUCAAAUCACCCUUACUCAUAUCUUAACCAAAUGUUUUGAUAUUCAUAAUUGUAAACCAGAAUUAUUACAACUCCUUAAAGAUAAUGUUAAAAAUCAACAAGAAAAAGAGAAAUUAACAAAUCUCUUGGCUCAAGGUACUGGUAAAUCAAAUACACAAUUGGUUGAAUUUUUAGAAAAUCAUCAUUUAAUCGAUAUCUUAAAGAUGUUUUCUUCUGCUCGUCCACCAAUCGAUGAUUUAUUAGCUCAAUUAGCAAAAUUAUUACCACGUUACUAUAGUAUUGCUUCUUCAAUGAGUGAAAAUAAAUUGGCAGUUUCCUUAUGUGUUGCCGUUGUUAAAUAUGAUCUUCAUGGUAGUGAACGUGUUGGUAUCGCUUCAACUCAUAUGGCCGAUCGUAUGAAUGUUGGUGAUCGUGUUUCAAUCUUUAUAAACAAUAAUCCAGAUUUCCGUUUACCAGAGGAUCCAACAACUCCAAUACUCAUGGUUGGUCCAGGUACUGGUAUUGCUCCAUUCGUUAGUUUCAUUCAAGAAAGAAAAGCACUCGGUCAUACUGGUGAAAAUCAUCUCUAUUUUGGUUGUCGUCGUUCUGAUGAAGAUUUCCUUUACUCCAAAGAGUUACAACAAUAUCAUAACGAUGGUUUAAUUAAACUCUACACUGCUUUCUCUCGUGAAACCUCUCAAAAAGUUUACGUUCAAAAUCGUCUCCUUGAAAAUAGUCAACAAAUUUGUGAUCUCAUCAAUGCUGGUGGUCAUAUUUACAUUUGUGGUGAUGCUAAAUCAAUGGCUCCACAAGUUCAUGAAACACUUUCUCUCAUCAUCACUAAACAUAUGUCAAUUGAUGAAGCUGAUGCUCAAGCUUUACUUCACAAAUUAGAAAAAGAAAAACGUUAUCAAAAAGAUGUUUGGUUUUAA